UUCAUCGCCAAAAAUCAUACAACAUGGGUAAGGUUCACGGAUCUCUCGCCCGUGCCGGUAAGGUCAAGUCUGCCACUCCUAAGGUCGAGCCCCAAGAGAAGAAGAAGAACCCCAAGGGUCGCGCCUACAAGCGUAUCUUGUACACCCGCCGUUUCGUGAACGUUACCAUGACCGGUGGCAAGCGCAAGAUGAACCCCAACCCCGGUGCCGCUUAA